AUGUCAACAUACACCAACUCGGAUAGUUAUUCCUUUGUUCGAACUUUUAGCAAUGUUAGUAGAGCAAGCGCCGGCGACAGCGUUGAUGUUGUUCCAGAAAGAAUGCCAGAGUAUCACUAUUAUCGAACCCUGUGGUGGGAGAAAGGCGAGUUCAAUCCAAAAGCAAAAUGGGAAAAAGCAACACUUCCGUACAAACUUGCCAUUGGUGUCACCUUGGAAGAAUAUGAACGGCGUUCGGAGGAGUUUAACAUCCAUGGAUAUUGGGAAUGGGUUAAUGGCAAAGUUAUAAUUUAUGAAUUGCCCUCAAAACCGCAUGAAAUUUGCAUCGGUGUGAUUACUAGGAUGUUAUUGAACCAAACUAAUGCCGUUGCUUUUACCAAUGCCGAGAUCUAUAGUCUUGGGUCAACUCGAACCUAUGCUGAUGAUUCUGCGAAAGAGGCCGACAAUUCAUUUCGUCCGGAAAAACUAGAAGCAAAAUAUCCCAAUGGAAUUGAUAAAGGGACUGACCCAUGGCCAAAUCUGGUUAUCGAAGUUGCAUAUUCCGAAACCAUAGAUCAUGUUACAGACAAGGUGAAUACAUACUGGCUAAAACCUGAUCGUGCCCAUGAUGCCAUUGUUGUAAAAAUUGUUCCGGUUCCUGAUAAUCAAAUACCUACUCGUAUGAUAGCAUGGCAUUAUUGUGUUUCGGAUAGAAUAACGAGAGGUAUAUUGCCAGCCAGAACUUCGUUUGAAUUCGGCACUAUUGACGAGAAUGGAAAUCCUUUAGCUUUUUCGCAAGGUACACGUGUUAUAAAUAUUGCAUUAAGCUGUCUAUACCACGAUAAAGUACAUUCUACAGAAGAUAUUUCACCUACUUCAUCAACUACCGAGAACCACUUGGCCGAUUGCAGGCCUAGAGGGGCGACCCUAAAGGGCCAUAAGAUUUCGGAUACUGAGGCAGAGGAUGAACCAUGUGGUGAUUUGGAAAAAUAUCCAUUAAACCAUAAUCAGAAUUCAGAAUCGACUAUACUUAAUAUCUCUAAUAAUUUUAACACCGGAGAUCUUAUUGAAUCCGAACGUGAAGUUAUUAUCAAGUUGGAUAAAAACCUAAUUACGGAACAGGAGUUAAAACAACAACUGUCAACAUAUAUACUUGCUCCCAUAACUCCAGUUCGGCUUCGAGAUCAAGACUCAUCUUCAGUUACAGCGGAAAGUAUAGUUCAUGCAUUUUAUAAAGCCAUUCAAUCGGGACAAGAAGGGAUACUUUAUUGGUAUUAUUUUAUAGAAAAAUAUGACAAAAAAAUCGAUAAGAUUGUUAUUAGUGGAGUUAAGAGAAAAACUGUAACAUCUAUGGUAUACCAAGAAAUCAAACAACUUCUACCUGAUAUAACUGAUAAAAAUUUGCGUCAAAAAAUCCUUAGAGCUAGAAAAAUAUAUACGUUAUUUAAUACAUUAGGAGUAGAAAAGAUUAAACAAGUCUCUUAUAGCGCUGAUGCUAUUUCAAGCCUUACUUAUCAACAAAUUCAAAAUAUUAUAGAUCAUGUGAUCUCGAAAACCGUUAAGAAUUCUUCACGAUCAGAUCAAUGCAACGGUAACGUUCCAGCUACAUCUCCUAUUUCUCCAAAUCAUAUCUCUAGCCACUCUGCGACUACCUUCUGCAAUUCCUCAAAUCCAGACGAUUUGCCCAAAGCAUCAUCUGAAAAGGUUUCACUGGAAAAAUUUCCAGAAACUAAGGUGAGUGUAUCAUCUUUAGACACGAAAGCCAAUGUUGGUGAAUCACAAUCUCUAAUUACUACUUUAUCCAAUGAUGAGCCGGAAGAUUUCUCUAACAACAAUGAGGCAGAUGAUAUGUGCAUAAUGUAUUCUGACGAUGAUGAUGCAGGAUAUUAUUACAAUCUAAACAGCCGAGAAAAGUUUUAUAAAGACCCGUCUAUAGAAUGCUUUGCAUGA